UUCCUUCACACUUGCUUUCGAAAAACCUACACAAGUAUAAGGAAAACCUGCUGAUAGCCAUUAUGUGUCUGGUCGGAUCUGCUCUCUGUUGCUGUUGCAAGUUGGGUCUCAAGUGCCUCUGCAUUUUCGCCUGCUCCACGCUCGGUGUUUUAAUCAUAGUUGCCUUGGUCGUGUACUUCUGUUUCGUCUACAACAAGUCGGAGGACACUACCACAAAGUCCCUUCCCGAUCCUAAGAUGAUCACAUCCCUGCAGGAUGCGACUGAAGCCCCUUCGCUUGCCAGGGCAUUCGUGUAUAUCCAAGAACUGCUGGAGCGAAUUCGAUAAGGAUUCCUAAUCAACUAUGAAGUAGUAGAUAACAAAUGUAUUUAAUGGCAACCCCAAAGGCAGUUUUUAGCUGAUUAGAAUAUAAUCUAAUUAAUAACUGCCUAGUAAUACUGUGGCAUUUCAUAAAAUUGCAAGCAACUCAAAAUAAGAUUUUAAAAAUGAUCCUCAAUCUUCCCUUUUGUUUUUCAACUUGUAAAUCGCACGAUAAAGCAAAUAUAAAGCCGAUUGAUGUUAUCAUCAAACGAAGCAAAAAUAAAUUUCAUUUCAAAUUAACAUCUAUUAGCCCAAGUUUUGGCUCUUUAGUUGAUAAGUUAGUUAAAUAAUAGUUCUAAGCUCAUCUGCUCAAGGUUUUUUGUACCACUUUUUCCUUGCUUUAAAAUGUUGAAUCAAUAAAUUGUAAUAUUAAAUAAAUUUCAGUUGUAAAGAUGCCUUAAAAUCUAAUCUCUGUAAAUUUAAGCUAGCUUUGAGCAAAAAUAUUGUAAAAAAUGUUAUGAAA